AUGGAGAUACCUAAAGGCCGUGUGCAGACCAUUUCCAAGAGCGAAGAAGUCCAUCUUAAACAACUAUGGGCGCACCUAUUUCAGCAUUGGGGCAUCCCAGUAAACAGCGAAAUAGUCCUUACUAAUAACGCGAUUGUUGCAGAGUCUACCAAUGGCUCAAAAACUGACGCGUCCUCGGAGUCAUCCAACAACAAGGGCUCGAGCUCAAAAAACUCCAAGAAACCCGGCAAGCUUUUUGGCAGGUUUCGCAAGGCUACAAGCGGUUCUAAAGACUCUAAGGACUCUAAUGAUCGCGCCAGAACCGGGUCAGUGACCUCCCGUAGGUCUGCAGAAGACAUUGAGCACAUGUAUCCUCCAGGCAUGAUACACGAGGCGCUCAAAGAUCUCAAGGCUGAGGAGGUGAGCGAGAACUUCUGGGAAAUGUUAAGAACGGACUACCCCGACAAUCUGAUUCUGAGAUUUCUCAGAGCGCGUAAGUGGGACACCGAUAAAGCUCUCGGCAUGAUUGCUCACACGCUUCACUGGAGACUCACAGAAGGUCAUCCUGACGCGAUUAUUCGUGGAGGUGAACUUGCUGCCUACCAGAACAAAGAAACUGGACUAAUCAAAAACAUAGAGCUUUCUAAGGCGUCAUUGCAUGCGUUCGAUCUCAAAAGUCGCCCUGUCGUCCUGGUAAGGCCUAAGUUGCACCAUUCGAGCGAUCAAACCGAAGCUGAAAUGAAAAAAUACUGUCUACUGAUUAUUGAGCAGGCUAGAAUGUUUUUGAAGGAGCCCGUAGACUCCGCUACCAUUCUCUUUGAUUUGACCGGGUUUUCCAUGUCCAACAUGGAUUAUUCUCCUGUCCAGUAUCUAAUAAGUUGUUUCGAAGCCCACUAUCCCGAGUGUUUGGGUCACCUUUUUAUUCACAAAGCUCCUUGGAUCUUCCCUCCCAUUUGGAACAUAAUUAAAAAUUGGUUAGAUCCUGUUGUUGCGUCCAAAAUUGUAUUCACAAAAAGCACUGAUGACUUGGCCAAAUAUUUGCCAAUGAAAUCGAUUCCAAAGUACUUAGGCGGAGAAGAUGAUUAUGAUUUCGACUCGUUCAAGAAGCCAGACGAAUCAGCCGAUAUCAAAUUGAAAGAUACAGAGACUCGCGAGGCAAUCCAAAAGGACCGCAAAGUCAUUAUACAGAAAUUCAUCGAUGCUACAAAAAACUGGAUUGAAAGUCCAGACGAUAAGACUUCAAAGAAAUGGCUGGAUGCAAAGAUCUCGAUCAGCAAAGAAUUAACUGAAAAUUACAGGAAGCUAGACCCUUACGUUAGGUCUAGAUCUAUUUACGAUAUAAACGGAACUCUAAAGGUCUGA